CCGUAGGCGCCCAUUUUGGAUUAGAACAGCCCCAGGCGUGAACUAAGACUGUCCGUAGCUCUUGGAUUAGUCAGAGCAUUGAAGAGGAGAAGACAGAGCACCAGGCUGUGCCUGACAGGGAGUCUGGAGUUUCCGGUUUCUAAAUUCUGGGAGGCGUCAGCCAGGGGAGGGGCCUUCAUGUAGGGGAAGGAUGGGAAGCUGGGGCUGGGCCUCAGUCAGCUAUGCAAGGCUGUGCAAGAAGAGGCAACACGGAAUAGAAAGAGGAUCCCAAUAGCUUCCUUGAAACUCAGGAGAGUGGAUACUCCGGCUUUGACCACCUAAGACGCCCCUCUUGCUCCAAAGAGUAUAACUCCAUUCCUUAUUCUGAGGCCUCUAUUUAUCCUGUUCCCCAAGGAUGGAGCCACUACUAGGAGUAAAAAUUGGCUGCCUGUUUGCCCUGCUGGUUCUCACUCUAAUCUGUGGUCUUAUUCCCAUCUGCUUCAAGUGGUUCCAGACUGAUAGAGCCACAGGUCGUCACCGCCGGAUCCUCAGCCUCCUGGGCUGCACUUCUGCAGGUGUUUUCCUGGGAGCAGGGUUCAUGCACAUGACUGCUGAAGCCUUGGAGGGAAUUGAGUCAGAGAUCCAGAAGUUGGUGAUACAGAACAGGACAAAAAGUAAGGGAAAUUCUUCUGAUGAUGCUGAUUCAUCUAAUCUGCCUCGGGCUGAGGGAUUAAGAAGCAGUGUGUUUGAAGAGGAGGAAAGGCGCCAGGUAAAUGCCUGGGGUGAUUACUUGGCUCUUUCACCACUUGGCGGCUUUCCUUCUGCCUUCCUCACCUGUGGAGGUGGCUCCAGCCCCUCCCCAAGAGACCAUCCUUUCUCCUUCUGCUCCUUCUCCUUCAUUAGGAGUUUAAGUAACUCAUACAAAGUGUUGCUUCUCUUAAAAACUGCUAAGGACAAAUAGGAAAACUGGUUAUCUGGAGUUGAGGAGAAGCAGGAGGGCUAUUGCCUAGCCCCUGACCCAUGAGAUGGAGGAAUAUUUCAGACUUAGUGGAGAAAUGGGGAAAGAGAAGUUAUACCCCAUGAGCUCAACCACUCACCAGUUUGCCUCUUCUCAUAUUUUCAGUGUGGAAGCUCCAGCAACCUUAACAAAGUCAAGGUCUCCUGAGUUUCAUUCCUGUCUCAGUUUGUCUUCUGUCCAUCCCGUUCCCCUCCCCAUCAGUUGAGCUACACCAACCUCCUCAAAAACCCAGCUUGUGCAGGGUUCAGUGAGAAGGUAAUAGUAUUUCUUAGGCAGGUUAGUAGGUAGCCCAGAGGCCCUUCCAGUUGAGGUUGACUUUUGAAAGGACACGUAGUCAUGUACUUAUUAAUCUUGCUGACGCUGCUAAGACUGCUUGCGGACAUUCCAUAAACCAUAAACAGGGACUAUUCUCCUCUGGCUAGUUUCAAGCUGAUUGUAUCUCAGAUGUCUGCCUUGGGAAACCUGAGUUAAAGAGUGUUUAAGGUUUGAUUUAUCUUUAGAAACCAUGAAAAAUGUGUAUAAAAACUUGCUUUCUGACUCUUGGGGGGUAUCUUCCUACCCCUUCUGGUGUCUGUGCCAGGAGCUGUCUCUGUUGCUACCAUAAAAUUCUCUUUUCCUGGGAA